GGUCCAGUAAUCAAGCGGAGAAAUCAAGUUCAGAGAUCAUGCUUGUGCGAACCAAACCUGGUUAUAUUGGGCUCAUCAAAAUGUCACAAAGGCAGCGGUCGUGUGGAUGAUGCCAUCUUCUCCUUGUGCAUUCCCCAUUUGCCCUUGGAUUAUAUUGCUUUGCUGCAUCUUUUCCUCGCCACUUGCCUGAGAUCCAAAUUUGCUCAGGGCUGACGACGGAUGUCCUGGUGCAAUGAUGCCAAGAUCGUCAAUACGCAAUUCCGCACCGGCGAUCUCCCAAGGGCUCCCUUUGACCCACUGGCCAGAGAAGGGCACCUCCCUGCACCGAUCCCACAUCUUGCCUAAAGCAAUUUCUCCUUGAGUGGCUGGUGCGUGACAAACCUCCGGGGCGUCCGAUCUCGCUGAGUCACCGGGAGAAGCGUCUCCUGCUGGUGGGGAUCCCGGCCGCAAUGCGGUCCUCCCCGCCCACCUGGCGGCUGACACCACCACAGCCGUGGCCGGGAGCCAAAUUCAGCCAGCGAGCCGGGCGAUCCAGUGACGUAGGCGGCCCGAGCACUGCGCCUCCCUCCCCUCCCCCUCCCCGGCCCCGAUGGCCCUGAGCGCGUGCAGAGCGCCGAUCGUCGCGCUUGCGGCGUGUGUCAGGCCGCCCCUUCACGUGUCGCUCUCUCACAAGGCGCGGCUGCGUGCGGUAGGGCGGCUGCUGCUGCUGCUGCGCGCCUGGAUUGCGGCAGCGACGAGUGGGACUCACCUUUCGCGCCCCUGCUAAAAGGCUGCGCCGCGCAGCCCGGACAGCAGCCUUCGCCUGUCGUCGCGUCGGACAAGUUCUCUCCCGCCGUCGUCCCUGCUUGGUGCAGCCUCCGCGCUCUAGUCUGGGGAAGCAGCAAAGCCAGAAGCUCCCAUCCCUGCAAGGAAGAAGGAAGGCGUCGUCGCCUCGUUGCCCAAAGAUGCGGAUCCUCUUCGCCUUGUGCUUGAUCGCCGGGGCCUUCUCUGGCUUGGCCCGGGGGAGGGUGGUCGGCGAGGAAGAAGACGGCUUCGCGGAGUGCGGGGCCUUUUUCUACCAGGGGGCGCCCCCCGAGGGGCUCGCCGGCCCCGCUCCGCACGUGAAGAUCUGCCAGAAGUACAACCGCGAGCCGCGCUUCGCCACCCUCUACAGCACGCAGGACAAAAUCCCCCUCUACUCGGCGUUUCGGUAUACGGAGGAGGAGGCUGCUCCAAGCGGGGAGGAGAAGUGGCUGGUGGAGCCGCAGAUAGAUGAUCCCAAAAAUGGCUUGGAAGGAAUGAUGCUGGAAGCUGAAAUCACAGAUUCAGUGGAUAACUUGGGAGCAAACCAGGCCCUCACUGCGGAUUAUGUGGAUUCUGGUUAUGAGAGAGGGCAGCUAAACCCCAGCUCUCUUCACAGGGAUGACCACCAAGUUGCCACAUUCACCCUGACAAAUGCAGUGCCACUGACCCCACCUCUUCAGGAAACUUGGCACUGGGAAGUGGAGAACCUAGUCCGCCAAGCUUUGGCUCCUCACUGUGAAAAUGGGAAGGACCUCUAUCUCCUUUCGGGAGCAGUUCCUUCCACCACCCUCAAGGUGAAAGACAAAGUUGCCAUCCCUGAGCUUCUGUGGCUGGCCGCCUGCUGUGACGAUGGCUCUGAGGCCUGGUCCGUGGGCUUUACUAAACAAGCAUCUGCUGAGGACCGUCUGGAAGACCUACCUGUGGAAGAUCUUGAGAAGAAGCUUUCCAAAGGACACCCCUUGUUUAAGAACCACUGUGGCAAAGACAGACAUCAUCCCAAGAAACUGGAAACUGUGUCAAAGUCUAUCAAAGGCAUCAAGGGGCAGAAACCAGUCCCAAAAGCAAAACAGACCAGUCCAGGGAAAAAGGAGUGUUGCGGCUUCGUGAAGAAGCUCUUUAAUUUAUUGGUUAGUCCUAUCUUCACAGUGCUGAAAGGUAUUUACAAAUUGAUAGUUAUGAUAGUGAAAACCAUCUCUUCUUUCCUGUGCAAUAACAUCAAGAUGGCUGUUAAUGGGCUGUGGACUCUCUUAAAAGGAGCUACCACCACACUGCUGAGUAUCCUUAUUGAUGUGGUGAGGGUGUUUGUGAAUAUCCUCAAUGCUAUUGCUCAAAACGUCUACACUGUCCUAAUGAUCGGAUACAAGAUUAUCUGCAUCCCUGUUAACCUCAUUCUGGAUGUUGUCUCUUUCCCUUUCUAUGUCCUGGGCGCCAUUCCUCAUGUCCUCAAAGAAAUUGUCACAGGCUUCAGUGGACUUUUCUUAUUGAUCAUCAAUGCCAUAACAAGCGUUGUGACUGGCCUAAAUUCCAUCAUUUCUUCUAUCGCCCAUAGGUUGCUUCCUAAGGUUGCAACUGAAUUGUAAAAGGGAGCAUGGAACAGAAUCACAAAGACCGACAACGGAAAACAAAGCAAUACUUUCUGAUACGUUGCUAAUCUCCAGCUGUUUCUCUUAAGUAUUUAUUAUGGUGACAUUAACAGUAAUGAACCAAUGUUCUGGUAACAUGGGUGAGCUACCUGACCCUGAAGGGGAAUUUUAUGGCAAAUUAAAGGUCUGCUUAUUGUAAAACAUUCA